AAGACGGAGAAGCAGCUAAAUGGGCGAAGGCGACCAGGCCACCUGAGUGAACCUGUCUGCAAGAUUUUAGCUGUUUUAUACCGUUCGCGUGGAGUUGUAGUUGACUACAGCAUUAAAAUCAAAGCCCCUACUGUUCAGCAGGGACGAUGUUAACGAAAUUUGAAACGAAGUCGGCCCGUGUUAAAGGCCUGAGUUUCCAUCCCAAAAGGCCAUGGGUUUUAGCAAGUUUGCACAAUGGAGUAAUCCAGCUGUGGGACUAUCGGAUGUGCACUCUGAUCGACAAAUUUGAUGAGCACGAUGGACCUGUCAGAGGCAUUGAUUUCCACAAACAGCAGCCUCUAUUUGUGUCUGGAGGAGAUGACUACAAAAUCAAGGUGUGGAACUACAAGUUGAGACGCUGCCUCUUCACCCUGCUGGGACACCUCGACUACAUCAGAACCACCUUCUUUCACCAUGAGUACCCGUGGAUUCUGAGCGCUUCAGAUGACCAGACCAUUCGUAUCUGGAACUGGCAGUCCAGGACCUGCGUCUGUGUGCUGACUGGCCAUAACCACUAUGUGAUGUGUGCCCAGUUCCACCCAUCCGAGGACCUGGUGGUGUCAGCCAGUUUGGAUCAGACUGUGCGAGUGUGGGAUAUCUCCGGUCUGAGGAAGAAGAACCUGUCUCCAGGCGCUGUGGAGACGGAGGUGCGUGGCAUCUCUGGUGUUGACUUGUUUGGUGCUUCGGAUGCUGUUGUUAAGCAUGUCCUUGAGGGUCAUGACCGUGGGGUGAACUGGGCAGCCUUCCACCCCAGCAUGCCUCUGAUCGUGUCUGGAGCUGAUGACAGGCAGGUGAAGAUCUGGAGAAUGAAUGAGUCCAAGGCGUGGGAGCUAGACACAUGCCGUGGUCACUACAACAACGUGUCCUGUGCCGUCUUCCAUCCUCGCCAGGAGCUCAUCCUGUCCAACUCUGAGGACAAGAGCAUCCGGGUGUGGGACAUGUCCAAGAGGACCGGAGUUCAGACCUUCAGACGUGAUCACGAUCGCUUCUGGGUGCUGGGGGCUCACCCGAACCUCAACCUGUUCGCUGCAGGUCAUGACAGUGGUAUGAUUGUCUUCAAGCUGGAGCGUGAACGUCCUGCCUACGCUGUGCACAGCAACAUGCUGUACUAUGUCAAGGAUCGCUUCCUCCGCCAGCUGGACUUCAACAGCAGCAAGGACACUGCUGUCAUGCAGCUUCGCAGUGGGUCUAAGUUCCCGGUGUUCAGCAUGUCCUACAACCCAGCUGAGAAUGCUGUCCUGCUCUGCACCAGAGCGACCAACCUGGAGAACAGCACCUACGACUUGUACUCAAUUCCCAAAGAAAGUGACUCUCAAAACCCUGAUGACCCUGUUUUUUCAGCACCGGAGGGGAAAAGGUCUUCUGGUCUGACAGCAGUUUGGGUGGCCAGGAACAGGUUUGCUGUCCUGGACCGUAUGCACUCUCUGCUGAUUAAAAACCUGAAGAAUGAAAUUGUGAAGAAAGUCCAGGUGCCAAGUUGUGAGGAAAUCUUCUAUGCCGGGACCGGCUCACUGCUGUUGCGCGAUGCCGAUGGCGUCACACUGUUCGACGUGCAGCAGAAACGCUCUCUGGCCACCGUCAAAAUCGCCAAGGUCAAAUAUGUGGUGUGGAGCUCCGACACCAGCCACGUGGCUCUGCUGGCUAAACACGCAAUUAUGAUCUGCAACCGUAAGCUGGAGAGUCUGUGCAACAUUCAUGAGAACAUCAGAGUGAAAAGCGGAGCCUGGGACGAGAGUGGGGUCUUUAUCUACACCACCUCCAACCACAUCAAAUAUGCCCUCACCUCUGGUGAUCAUGGCAUCAUCAGGACCCUGGAUCUGCCCAUCUAUGUGACCCGUGUGAGAGGCAACAGUGUUUACUGCCUGGACAGAGAGUGCAGGCCUCGCGUCCUCACCAUCGACCCCACAGAGUACCGCUUCAAACUGGCCCUGGUCAACCGCAAAUAUGAUGAGGUACUCCACAUGGUGCGUAACGCCAAGUUGGUGGGUCAGUCCAUCAUUGCUUACCUGCAGAAGAAGGGCUACCCCGAGGUAGCGCUGCACUUUGUCAAAGAUGAGAAGACGCGCUUCAGCCUGGCUCUGGAGUGUGGCAACAUCGAGGUGGCGCUGGAUGCAGCCAAAGCCCUCGAUGAGCGCAGCUGCUGGGAGCGUCUGGGUGAGGCGGCGCUGCUGCAGGGUCACCACCAGGUCGUGGAAAUGUGCUACCAGAGGACCAAGAAUUUCGACAAGCUCACCUUCCUGUACCUCAUCACCGGCAACUUGGCUAAGCUGCGCAAGAUGAUGAAGAUCGCUGAGAUCAGGAAGGACAUGAGCGGCCACUACCAGGCAGCUCUCUACCUGGGAGACGUCAGUGAAAGAGUUCGCAUCUUGAAGAACUGCGGACAGAAGUCUCUGGCUUACCUGACUGCAGCCACUCAUGGUCUGGAUGAUGAAGCCGAAACAUUAAAGGAGAACUUUGACCCAGAAAAGGAGACGGUGCCAGAGGUUGAUCCCAAUGCACAGCUGCUGCAGCCUCCUCCACCCAUCAAUCCUCUGGACACCAACUGGCCUCUGCUCACCGUGUCAAAAGGCUUCUUUGAAGGAGCCAUUGCAGCAAAGGGUAAAGCAGGUCAGAUGGCUGCCGACUUGGAUAUGGAUGCCACAGGAGGUGAAGGAUGGGGAGAUGAUGCUGAACUCCAGCUGGAUGAAGAUGGUUUCAUGGAUGCUCAGGAAGGAUUAGGAGAAGAAGGAGUUGGGAAAGAGGAAGGAGGGGGAUGGGAGGUUGAGGAAGACCUGGACCUUCCUCCUGAGCUGGACGUGCCAGUUGGUGCAGGUGGAGGAGCAGAGGACGGCUUCUUCGUGCCACCCACCAAGGGCAUGAGUCCAACCCAGAUGUGGUGCAACAACUCCCAGCUGCCAGUGGACCACAUCCUGGCUGGAUCCUUCGAAACUGCCAUGAGACUACUACACGACCAGGUUGGAGUUGUAAACUUCGGCCCCUACAAGUCGCUGUUCAUGCAGACACUGUCCAGAGGACGCACCUGUUACCUGGGACUGCCCUCCCAGCCCUGCCUGCGCAGUCAUCCCCAGAGGAACUGGAAGGACUGUGGGGCAAAGCAGGGGCUGCCUGCUGUCGGUUUGCGCCUCUCCGAUCUCAUCGCUCGCCUGCAGCAGUGCUACCAGCUGACCACGGCUGGCCGGUUUGAGGAAGCUGUCGAGCGCUUUAGAGCCAUCCUGCUGUCUGUGCCUCUGCUGGUGGUUGAUAAUAAGCAGGAGAUUGCAGAGGCUCAGCAGCUGAUCACAAUUUGCAGAGAGUACAUAGUGGGUCUUACUAUGGAGACUGAGAGGAAGAAAUUACCUAAAGACACUUUGGACCAGCAAAAAAGGCUCUGUGAGAUGGCUGCUUAUUUUACCCACUGUAACCUCCAGCCAGUCCACAUGGUGCUAGUGCUGCGUACAGCUCUGAACCUCUUCUUCAAACUGCGUAACUUCAAGACAGCCGCAGGUUUUGCACGACGCCUCCUCGAGCUUGGACCGAAGCCAGAUGUGGCACAGCAGACUCGCAAGAUUUUGGCUGCCUGUGAGAAGACCCUGACGGACGCCCACCAGUUGAACUACGACCCCCAUAAUCCAUUUGACCUGUGCGCUGCCUCUUUUGUCCCCCUCUACCGUGGACGCCCCAUUGAGAAGUGCCCUCUGUCUGGAGCCUGCUACUGCCCCCCUUACAAAGGGCAGAUCUGCAGGGUCACACAGGUGACGGAGAUCGGCAAGGACGUGAUUGGCCUGCGUGUGAGUCCACUUCAGUUCCGCUAAGACGGCGAAGAAGAAGAUGCUCAGCGAAACACAUCCACUCUUGCUCUGUAGAAAUAAAACAGUUAUCGGCAUGAGAAAUGGAAGCAGAGAUAUAUGUUUGCUCACAGUGAUAUUAAAAAAUCUUCAAUCCUUUUUAGCUGUUUUCUCCCAUGCACCACCUAUUCCUACAAAAAGCUUUUCCUUGUUUUCGCCAAUGCUGUGUGCUUUAUUAGAGCUGUGAAAACUUAACUGUUAUGUCUUUUCUAACUUGUAUGACAUGAAUAAUUGAAGCUGUGCAGCAGUGCUCCGUGUAUCUGGAAAAAUGUAAUUAAAGUCCCUGUUGUGGCAUUGA